AUGACUAAUGCAUUUCUGAAUAAUCGAACAUUGACGAUAGAAAAUUUAAACCCGCGUGUGAUCGAAGUAGAAUAUGCUGUUCGAGGUCCGAUCGUGAUUCGUGCUGCUGAAAUUGAAAAGCAACUUAAAAAGGGAAAUCACAACUUCGCGUUCGAUCGUGUUAUCCGUGCAAACAUCGGCGAUUGUCAUGCCAGUGGAAAUCAACAUCCGAUUACAUACAUUCGUCAAUUUGUCGCUGGUUGUACAUGUCCAUCAAUUAUGGAGUCGCCGGAUUUUCCAUCGGAUAUUAAACAACGCGCUCAGCGAUUGUUAUCCGCUUGUGGUGGAGAAAGUUUAGGAGCAUACACAGAAAGUCAAGGUUUGAUUACGAUCCGCGAAGAUGUUGCCAAGUAUAUCGAAGAACGAGAUGGCUAUCCGGCUAAUCCAAGUGAUAUCUAUCUCUGUAAUGGCGCUUCUGAUGGAAUCAAAACAGUAAUCAAAUUGUUAAUGAAUACCGAUCAAUCGAAACCAUCGGGAAUCAUGAUACCUGUUCCACAAUACCCGUUGUAUAGUGCAACAUUGUCGGAAUAUGGUGCCUAUCAGAUUGAAUAUUAUCUUGAUGAAGAAAACAAUUGGGCAUUGAAUAUUGAUGAAUUAGAACGCGCAUUAAACGAAUCAAAGGAUAGAUGUGUACCACGUGGUAUUGUUAUAAUUAAUCCUGGGAACCCAACAGGUCAAGUUCUUUCACGAGAAAAUAUCGAAAAUAUCAUCCGGUUUGCGGAAAAGCACAGUUUAUUUAUAUUGGCCGAUGAAGUCUAUCAAGAAAAUAUUUAUUUACCCGAUUCGAAAUUUCAUUCGUUUAAAAAAGUUUUGAUGGAUUUAGGAUCACCAUACAAUCAUAUGGAAAUGGCUUCGUUUCAUUCAGCAUCAAAAGGUUGGCAUGGCGAAUGUGGCUCUCGUGGUGCUUACUAUGAACUGAUUAAUAUCGAUAAAGAUGUUCGAAUGCAAGUUAAUAAAUUGAUAUCCGCAUGUUUAUGUUCAACAUCUUGGGGUCAAGCUGUGAUGGGUGCAAUCAUCAAUCCUCCAAAAGAAGGUGAACAAUCGUAUGAAUUGUAUAAAAAAGAACGUACAGACGUUCUUAAUCGCCUAAAAGAAAAGGCGAAUCUUGUUAGCGAACUCUUCAAUUCUAUCGAAGGUUUUCAAUGCAAUACUGUCAUGGGUGCUAUGUAUGCUUUUCCACGUGUUGAUCUUCCACAACGAGCAAUCGAACACGCUAAAUCGAAAAAGAUGGCACCCGAUGCAUUUUAUUGUUUUGAAUUGUUAGAAAAGACUGGCAUUUGUGUUGUACCUGGUAGUGGAUUUAAACAAAGGCCUGGUACACAUCAUUUACGCACAACAAUUCUUCCACCGAUUAAUCAAAUGAAAGACAUGGUCGAACGAUUUCGAGCAUUUCAUACAGCGUUUUUAAAUGAAUGGAAAUAG